CCAGGAUGAGCUAUGCGGAGAAACCCGACGAGAUCACGAGAGAUGAGUGGAUGGAAAAGCUCAACAGCCUGCACGUCCAGCGGGCGGACAUGAACCGCCUCAUCAUGAACUACCUGGUCACAGAAGGCUUCAAGGAGGCAGCAGAGAAGUUCCGGAUGGAGUCUGGGAUUGAGCCCAGCGUGGAUCUGGAGACGCUGGACGAGCGGAUAAAGAUCCGUGAGAUGAUUCUGAAAGGUCAGAUCCAGGAGGCCAUCGCUCUGGUCAACAGUCUGCACCCUGAGCUGCUGGACACCAACCGCUGCCUCUACUUCCACCUGCAGCAACAGCACCUGAUAGAGCUGAUCCGCCAGCGCGAGACCGAGGCGGCGCUGGAGUUCGCCCAGACGCAGCUAGCGGAGCAGGGCGAGGAGAGCCGCGAGUGCCUGACGGAGAUGGAGCGCACGCUGGCCCUGCUGGCCUUCGACAGCCCCGAGGACUCGCCCUUUGGGGAUCUGCUCAACAUGAUGCAGAGGCAGAAGGUGUGGAGCGAAGUCAACCAGGCUGUCCUGGAUUACGAGAACCGCGAAUCGACGCCCAAGCUGGCGAAGUUACUGAAGCUCCUGCUCUGGGCGCAGAACGAGCUGGACCAGAAGAAAGUCAAGUACCCCAAGAUGACGGACCUCAGCCGGGGCGUGAUCGAGGAGCCCAAGUAGCCGGCCAGCGUCUGGGACCCGAGUCUCCUCUGCGGUGGUGUCCUUGGUGGAGGGACACAGCCCGUGGCACUAGGAGGCCCCGAGAGACGCUGUGGCCCCCGUGGACGGGGACAGCUGGCUCAGGGCGGGACCUGCCCUGGAGCCGCUCCUGCCCCUCCGGCCUUUGUCUGUGCUGUCUCGCGCCCCCGGGGAGAGGCCGUGUUAGCGCAGAAGUCCCGACUCCGAGCUCUCUCGUGCGCAGGGCCGCGUCCGGCUUGUCCCUCGGUCUGGCCGUGCGGCUCGCCGGGUGUGCGUGCAGGGCUGUGUGCUUGUUACCUUUCUACGUAGAUACUUUGGUGCUGUGUGUGGUGAGAGUCUCCGGUGGGCCAGCGAACCAGCCCUUCGAGGCAGCUUUGUUGAAAAUAAAGGUUUCUUUUUGAUUUCAAGAAUAACCGAAACAGCCUUGACACAGCU